GGAUUUGUUUUUAUUGAGCGUUCACUUGCAGUCUCUUUCGAUUGCUUUGUUUUCAUCUUCGGUUUUGUGCGUCUCUGUUCCGUGAGCCCCCUGCGUUUCUACCAUGUCCUUCAAAGCACUUGAAAGGUGGAAGGAUAUAACCAUUUCUGUGAUUCAUGACUGGAUACAGCCCGCCUCCAGAAGGAUGUCGGUGCGUUCGGACGGGAAGAAGAAGUGGGCUGCUGUCCGAGGCCGCCUGGGCUCCUCCCAGGACUCGGACACGCAGCCGGAGGCCAACCUGGAGAGCGCGGACCCGGAGCUGUGCAUCCGGCUGCUGCAGGUUCCCACCGUGGUCAACUACUCUGGGCUGAAGCGCCGUCUGGAGGGCAGCGACCAGGUCUGGAUGGUCCAGUUCCUGGAGCUGAGCGGUCUGGACCUGCUCCUGGAGGCCCUGGACCGGCUCUCCGGACGGGGGUGCUCGCGCAUCGCAGACGCCCUCCUGCAGCUCACCUGUGUGUGCUGCGUGCGAGCCGUCAUGAACUCCUCGGCGGGGAUCCACUUCAUCGUGGAGAACGAGGGCUACAUCCGCAAGCUCUCCCAAGCCCUGGACACCUCCAACACCAUGGUGAAGAAGCAGGUGUUUGAGCUGCUAGCGGCCCUCAGUAUGUUCUCUUCAGACGGACACAGGUUGGCCCUGGACGCCCUGGACCACUACAAGGGUGUGAAGACCCAGCAGUAUCGGUUCAGUGUGAUCAUGAACGAGUUGCAGGCCACAGACAACGUCCCUUACAUGGUCACUCUCCUCAGCGUUAUAAACGCCCUCAUCUUUGGCACAGAUGACCUCCGUCAGAGGGAUAAGAUGCGCAAGGAGUUUAUCGGAUUGCAGUUACUCGAUGUCCUUCCCAAACUAAGGUGA